AUGGCCCGUGUCAAGGAGGCUCUGGCGCGCUCGAGCGCCACGGCGGCACCUGGCGCCGACGACGAAGGCGGCGACGACGCGAGCGCUGGCGAGGGCCCGGAGAACGUGAACGUCGCGCAAUCCACGGCGGCGGUCGAGAUCUCCGGGAACGAAGCCGGUGACUUCCGAGGCGGCGAGGAGGAGACCGGUGAGUGUCGGACCGGCGAGCGGGAGGUCGCCAAGGUCGGCGUGGCGGCGCACGCCAUGUGUGCAGACGCCACGCGUCGAGACGACGUUACGGACCAGGAAAGAGCAGCCAAUGGCGCAAACAGUGAGGUUGAGAAGAAGAAGAAAAGGAAGAAAACGAGAGACCACGAUGGGCGGCGCAGUGAUGUGGAGGCAACGGAGAACGCAGGCGAAGAAAAAUACGCUGAAGUGGACGACGUGAGCGUUGCUUAUGCGCACGUUGACUGCCACGACGGCAACGAAGAGGCGGAGGAGUCCCGGGAUGGCGAAGUGGCGGCCGUGGAGGAAGCGGAAGACGAGGAAAACGCAGGAAGUGACGACGGCACUGGAAACUGGGAAGGACAUGGAGGCGUCAGCGGCGAGACAGCCCCAAAUACGAAACGCGAACUGAAGAAGAACGUUAAGAAGGAUGGUGGUCAGGAAGCAGAGGGUCAAGAAAAGAACGAGGUAGGAAGUAAGAAGGCCGAGAGUGAGGAUGACGAAGAAGAGGCAGCCUCUGAUGAGGUGGCUCCAACGGCAGCCGCCAACGAGGAUGUGUCAGCUGACGGCAAGGACAAGAAAAACGCGGAGGAGGCUAACAACGACGGGGAUUCAAGCAAGGCUCGGCAAGCAGAUACCGAGGAUGCCGACACUGAUCACAAAAAGGAACCAGAUGUCAACAACAGUAAAAUAGCAGGCAACCACAGACAGCGGCAACAAGGCGACAAAGCGUGGGUCGCUGAGAACAAGACGGACGGGCAGAACGAGCUCAAGAAACGGAGGUCGCCAACAUUUAACGACUACCACCUGGAGGAGUGGCCGCCACCCCGACGUGGCUGGUCCUGGCGGCUACAACGGAAAAACAAGACACAGCGAGCGACACAGCGCAACAUCUACGACAACGGCACCAGCAACAAGCAACAACGUCAGCGCCAGGAGGUCUACCGUGACUACUCUGUGCCCGUUAGCUCGGUGGGUGUGGUGCUGCACCGGGCUCUCGUGGUCCUGCUCUCGCGGAUGAACGUGGUCGUCAACCUGAGCGAGUCCGGUGAGCCUCCACAAGUCAGCCGCACAACCGCUGCACAAGUCAGCGGUUAUGACAUCCGACAGCUCACGAGGUCCUACAAGAAUUUGUGGACGGACAAUGUUGGCAGGUGA